CCAGCUGAGUCCACAAUGAGUUUACAACACGAACAGGAGGCACAGGUUCCUUAUAGGCAGGAACCGCCAUUAGAGAAACACUCCAAAGCUGUGGAAUGGACCGUUGAAGAGUCCAUGCUACUAGCACAGUUGUUGGUCCAGUUGCUCAAAAGCAAAGGGCUCAAGACGAACAUCGUCAAGACCGAAGACAUCGUUGAGAUGACCAGGUCGCUCAAUAUGUAUCUCAAUAUCAACAAGUUCACGCCGGUACAGGUCAAGACGAGAAGACACUUGUUUAAUAAAUUAUUGACGCCAUAUUCGAUCUUGGUUGAGGCUGAUGGUGUUACUCAAUCUGGUGAUAAGGCGUUUGUCAACUGGGACUCUUCAAGGGAGCCCUUCAGUGGACUUGCCGCCAGAUUGAAAGGUGACGCGUUCUCACGCCUCUUGAAGAGAAAGAACAACAAGGACCUCGAUUUGCUCUAUAGAUCCAAGUGUUUCGAGACGGCGCCUAUUGAAAUGGCCAGGGCGAGCUCACUGUCGACACCGGCCUAUAAGAAAACAACAGCUAGCGUGAGUGUUGGAUCGUCGUGUCCAAAGGCUCACAGUGAUAAUGCCUUGAGCUCUCUAAAGAGGAAGAUUGGGCUAAAUGGCCACGAGGUGGGACUAACAGGCAUCAGCGAAGCCCCAGAAAAGAAACCACGUUACGAGUCCGUUGAAGAGGGCAAUGUCUCUGAUAAUACGAGACUGUGCACUUAUGUAUCUGAAGCUGAAUCCUUAAAAGAAGACUUACCUGAGGGAUUUACCCAAUCAACUGUGAGAACAGAUCCUGAUAUACUCUCAUUUCCACACAACACUUCUUCCACGGCAAUCCCAGAGGGAUAUAGCACUAAUGUCGAAGAAGGCGACGCUGCGAUCUUAGAACAGGUUAAUCAACUCAUCGACAAGCUUAUGGAUUACGUGAAGGCCAAACAGUUGGAGAAAGAGCAGGAAAGGAACAACAGACUGGCAAUGGAGUUCCGUAAAAUGCUAUCUCUCUGUGAAGACAAUGGGUAUCUAACAACUCUGAAAGUUGCUGAGAUAAUUGGAAAGCUCAAGACAGAUACAGCGAUGGUCCAAGUCUAUUCACAGUUGACUGGUCUAUCUCCGGCAGUUUUCGCCCACAUGAUCUUAACAUCUUCUUUGGUUGAUUAGUUCAUGGGAAGUUCCAGAACGAUUACUACCAGGGCUUGCUAUGGAACGAGAAUGUUAACCAAUUACCCUCCAAGUUGCACAUACAAAUAUAACUACCGUUACUACUUCAUUAGCUUUCACACAGGGAAUCUCUCAAUGAGUAAUGUACGA